AUGAGCUAUUAUCAGCCGUUUACACCGCAGAGUGUAUUCGCUGGACUAGCGUUCCCUGGUAUUGUACCCUUAACCUACCAAUCCAAUGCUGCGCAUCCGUGUAACUCCGCAGUUCCAGUACCGUCAUUCAAAGAAGUAAAGGAGGAACUGGGGUCCACACUUGAUCACUUGGGUCGGAAGGAGAAGAGAAAGCUAAUCAAGAACAAACGGAAUCGAAAGAAGCGGCAGUUGUUGACAAAGCUGGAACCAGUCGCCAAGGAGCAGGAAAACCCACCGGAAGAAGAUCCUGUGCUUCACGCAAAACAACAACGUCUUUGGGAAGAACGAAACAAUAUGAUGGAUGAAGACAAUUAUUCUCGCGAAAUGCAAGCAAAAUUCCGUUGGGACCGUCGAGUCGCCGAAGACAAAGAGCGAGCCUAUCUAAAGAAUAUUGCAAAGCAAGUUGCCCAGCGGGAUGCCGGCAAAUCGUCUUCGUCCGAUUCCCUCCCUUCUUCCUCGCUUGCUGCGCCUCCUAAACCUAAGGAGAACUGCUUAUCCUAUCUGCGAACAGGUUGCUGCCGUUUUGGAAACCGAUGUAAAUUGAUUCACUUGGUUCCGAAGAAAAGUCGCGGUAUUCUGAUUCACGUUAAGAAUAUGUUCCGCCUUCCAGGAGAAGAGAGUCAUAAUGAUGAAAGUGAAGAUGCGUACUCCUAUCUGGAUGUCUGCUUUUUCUUCCUGCUCUCAUUCUAUAGAACUCAGAAGAGGAGAAUCGGAAGGCCUUCGAAGACUUCUGGGAGGACAUUGUCCAAGAGUUCCUUCGAUUCGGGCCGCUUUUAUACUGCGUCGUUUCAUCCAACACGGCGCCCCAUUUGCGAGGGAACGUGUAUGCGGUGUGGGAAUCGCGGGAAAUCGGAGAAAUGGCGCUGCAAAAGCUGCAGGGACGUUUUUACGCGGCUGGAGGUGGAGUAUCUGCCGGAAUCUGUGAUUUGCUGGAAGUAUGGUCUGUGUUCCGAGUAUCGAAAACCGGAGUGUAAUCGCGGGAAGGAUUGCGCGUUUCUGCACUUGUAUUCGUAUGGAAAUAGGGGAGAUUGGCUCAUCGAGUAG